UGCAUGACGACUGUCCAUGCAAAUGUGUUGUUUAGCACCUGCCACAAACACACUCCGGCUCUCCUGUUUUAGCCUGUGUGGCCAUUGUCCUGACAGAAAGGAGUAUGAAGUGCUUCAGGUGCCAAAAACAGGUGUUUAAAGAGAGAGAGACUAAGACAGAGAAAGAGGGAGAGAGAAGGUUCUGCUUUAGCCAAAUUCAGACUCAUUACACAGGACUAAGAUUCUGCAGGCUGAUCAGAUUUCUGGGGCAGUGUAGUGGAGGUUCCAAACCCCCUGAAGAUGUAUGGCCUGUAUUUGGAAGCAGUCAAUGACUACAUCAAUGAAUCAUAUGGAGAGGACGUAUGGAGGCUAAUUGAGGCCAGAGCGGAGAUCCCGCACCUCAAAUUUGUUCGACACCAGAUGUACAAUGAUAAUCUGAUUUUAAGAUUGGCAAAGGCAGCUGGAGAGGUUUUGGGGAAAACUCACGAUGAGCUGAUGUAUGCUUUCGGGGUCUACAUGGUCAAGCGGAUAGGAAACUAUGGCUAUGAGAGGAUCUUAAAGGUACUGGGGCGCAAUGUACGAGAUUUCAUCAAUGAGCUAGAUAACCUGCAUGAGUACUUCCGUUUCUCCUUCCCAAAAGUCCAGCCACCCAGUUUCUGUGUAGAGGAAGAAUGUGAGACGAGUCUUACCCUGCAUUACCGUUCAACCAGGAAAGGAUUCACACAGUUCGUCAAAGGGCAGCUCUCUCAGGUGGGCCGACAGUUUUACAACACAGACAUUGAGGUGGAGAUUCUGUCUAAAGAGGAAACAGAGAAAAUGACAUAUGUGGUGUACAAGAUGAAUUUUGACAAUGCAGCGUUUAAGCACCGUAUGCCCCAGCAGAAAACAGCUCCAGGCUAUGAGAAACUGCCCAUGAAGCGAGGAAUCUUUUUUGACAUGUUCCCCUUCAGCGUGAUAUUCCGUAGGGACAUGACCAUGUAUCGGAUUGGAGAUGGUUUGAAAGAGGUGUUUUCUGAUCUGCAGGGCAAAAAGGUCAAUGAGGAGUUUACCCUGGUGCGACCCAUGCUGGAAUUCAGCUGGGAUAAUAUCUACACCCACCUAAACAAUGUGUUUGAACUGCUGUCUAAGGCUGUGGUAGAGAGCAAACAGAAGGUCAACAUCCCUAAACUCAGCAAAGAAGAACCAGAGGAGAAAGAGGAAAGUGAAAAACCCAGAAAGGAAGAGAGAGAUAUUAAAGUGAUGGAGGAAAUGAAGGGGACGGAUCAGGAAUACAGCAGUGCUCUAACUCAGUACAACAGCUCGGCUAAUUCUGGAGGAGAGGACAUCGAGCUGCUGGCUUUUCAGACUGUCACCGGCAAGUGCAGUGAAACCAUAUUUGAAGACAUGCGGGAGCCCCCUAAAAAGCCUCUCCACCUCAAGGGCCAGAUGAAGUAUGUCCCUCAAUGGGACUCCCUCAUCUUUCUCGGAACUCCCAUUAUUGAGACAGUGGAGGACAUGAUAAAAAUGGGUGUUUACGUCAAUGAUUUAAAUCUGCACGACUCCAGCAGAGAGCUCAUCCUGGCAGGAACACAGCAAUCAGCCGAGCUGCAACUGGCACUUGACCAGGAGCAGCAGAAGUAUGCACAGCUGCAGGAGAUCAUUAAAAAGCUGGAUGAGGAGAAGAAGAGAGGAGACUCCCUGCUGUACGCCAUGAUCCCCAAAGCAGUGGCAGACCGACUGCGCAAGGGAAUCACAGCACUGGAGACAUGUCAGGUGUUCCCAGAUGUGACCAUCCUGUUCAGCGAUGUGGUGAAGUUUAAUGAGAUCUGUAUCCACAUCACCCCCAUGCAGGUGGUGGACAUGCUAAAUGAGAUCUACAUCGUUUUUGACACACUCAGCGAAAAGCACAAUGUUUAUAAGGUGGAGACCAUUAGGGAUGCCUACAUGGUUGUGGCAGGUGUGCCCAAUAAGACCACAUUCCAUGCCCACCACAUCUGUGACAUGGCUCUAGACAUGCUAAGCUCCAUCGAUCACCUAAAAGACCCCUCAACCGGGGACAACAUCCAGAUCCGUGUCGGUAUUCACUCUGGAAUGGUGGUUGCAGGUGUGGUGGGUCUGAAGAUGCCCAGGUAUUGUCUGUUUGGAGACACAGUAAACACAGCUUCUCGGAUGGAGUCUAAUGGCGUGGGCAUGCAAAUCCACAUCAGUCAGACCACCAAAGACCAUCUGGAGCAUGAACCAUACAUCAUCGAGGAACGAGGAAAGAUUUUUGUUAAGGGUAAAGGUUACAUGAAGACGUACUGGCUAAAGGGGAAGAAAGAUCUCUCAUUUAAGACUCCAGCAGAGCUCAGAUACAGCAAUGAGCAGAAAGACUCAGAAGACAGAAGCUCAAAUGGCUCCACUUGCACCAACAGCAAACAUUCCCCAUCAAACAUGAACACACCCAAUGAGGAGCAGGCUGAGGGCAAACCCACUCCCCCUGACCUGCCCCCUGACACCCUGCCAGCACAAGAGGGCGCUCCAGACCCAAACACAUUCACCAAUGAGUCCCAGGACAAAGAAAAGGUUAAAAAGACAAAGAAUAACAAAGGAGGGAGGGCAGAGAACGCUUCUGGUAAUGUGCCGGAAAGCACUCCCCCUGCUGGCAGCCAGGAGAAUGCCGUUCCAGAGCUAAACGACAAAAAGCAGAGCUUCAGAAGCCAGUACUCACGAUUACCUGCUAACCUCCCCAUGCGAAGCACAGCCUGCAAUCUGCUGUGAAUAGCCAGGAGAGAUUGAUAAAAUAGUAUUUAUUAUAUCACAGAUAGAUCAGAUCAGUUCUAGAAUGGUCAGAAAACUGCAUUUGUGGCAGCAAAUUCUGGGAUUAAAUCUGGUGAAUACAUGUGAAUGAAUGAACACAAGCACAAAUCAUGUUUUAAUGCAGACUUCAUUUAGCUGUGCCAUAAAACACAGGUAGUAAAUUAUAUGAAUCACAAUAAAAGAGGUCGUCCAAUGCCUGGGUAUCAAAAAGAAAGCGCAGUUGGGCUGCUAAUAGUACUUCCUCUUUAAAGAGUUUGAAUAAUUGUAUUUGAAUGUUUUAUUAAUAUCAACACAUGUGAUAUGUUAAUAUCUAUCUGAAUUGCGUAUAUUAGCAUGUACAGUUACAGCAUUUAUGUUAAACUGUGAUACAUGUGCUGAAUACCUGUAUUCAUUGUUACUGACAACAAAGAGUUUGUUGUACAUAUUAUAUGUUAAAUGUGAUUGUUUACAACUUACGUUUGAUUUUAUUGUUUGAUGAGCACUGUAAUAAUGCUGUAAAACACAUACUUUGCUCAAGUAAGGCAGAACACAUCAGAUAAAACCAAGUGACCUAAAUAAAUCAUAUGAACACACGCUCACCCGAAGACAUUCACCUACAUUUAGACAGGCCUACACACACACACACACACACACACACACACACACACGUAAACACACUGAGAUACAAGAUAAACAAAGAAACAAACACUAGCAUGUCAUACUUACCACUUAAACUAUUUCUGUCUCUUAAGUCACAAAUACAAUUCGUUAAUAUUACUUCAAACUCUGCUUAUAGACACAUGUAACAAAAAUCUAGAAAUAUAAGAGGGGCUCUUUUUACCAGAUUAACAUUUACAUCAUCACAAAUAUAACAAAAUACAUUAAACUGUAGCUAACUAGAUUUUCAUUGCUCGCACUUGCACACACACAACAUGUCAGAUAUCAUUCAGCGAUAAAGAGGAAGCCAUCAGGAAACCACUUAAGCGAUACUUCCUGUCUGUUGUCAUGGAGACGAGCUUAAUUCUUACUUUGCCUGAACCCUCUUAGCUUUGCAGAAAAAAAAAAAUAAUGUCAUGUUUUCAAUUUCAAUCUCAUACAAACGGAGGAGAAAACUAUUGUAACUUGAGAUUUCAGCGGAGGUGAUGGAUCUAAGUGAUACUACAGAUUGUAAACAUGACUUUCACAAAUCAAGCCAGAUGCAUCCAUUCCUUUUGUAGUCUUUAUGCAUUAGGGCUUAAGUCCAGAUGGUUUCCAUUCAGAUAGCAGACAGAUAAGCAAGCUUUUUUACUAUAGACAUUACUAAUGCACAGACAUUAGCCCUGAGGGUGACUUUCUAUUACACAGGACCAAUUCAUUGUACAGCAAUUUCUAAUGUUAGUGACUAAACAAUGAAGUUUACAAAAGAAAUAGGCAAAUAAAGUGCUGUCAUCACCAAGCUUUCCAUCAAUGGCAGACUUUACUUUUCUGUUUGUGUUUACAGUCUGUGUUUGCAUUAUGUUUGGAGGUUAGGCCACUAAAAUGUAAUGGAAUAUAUAACAUAAUUGGCUGCCUAAGAAUAUAAUAUGUUCAGUUAUCAAAGCAUGUUUGCGUAC